AUGUCUGAAAAGCCUGACUCCCAAGGUUUUUGCCCAGAUUGUAAUGAAAAACUUCAAAAGUGUUUAAUACAGCAAAAUUAUGCCAUUAUAAUAUGUCCCAGCUUAACCUGUGGCUACCCAUUCAACCAAAGAGAAGUCCUCGAGAAUCUAACCUACGUGGACGAUAAUGACGUCUUGAAAGUUGCGAAGAAAAGAUUAUCAACACGAAGCAAACCAUAA